GAGCCAACAGGACUAUAAGCAAUUGACCCAAUUGACCCCAACAUUAUAAAUCAAACAUGUUACAAAUAGAGCCUCAUAACUUGUUGGUGCAAAAGACAUUGACCGAGAGGAUUUUCCCUGAUUCUGAGUCAUUAAAAUCUAUCGAUAGAAUUAUUACUGAUUUUGACUUUACUACUUAUCAUAUAUCUACAUUUCCUGAUGAAAAGAAUUUAGUAUUAAUUUCAAUUUAUUUAAAAUGUUAUGAUGAUUUAGCAAAGUAUGGAGUUGUUGAAUAUUUGAAUGGGAAAUAUUCAAAAUUUAAUGAAUUUUUAACUAUUUUAUCAGGUAAUGAUAUUGAACAAGGUUAUAAUUAUUCAUUAGUAUUAGAUACUAAUAAGAUUGAAUCAAUAGAUGAUGAAUCAAAGAAUGAAGUAAUUAAUGAAUUGGCAUUAUUAAAGAGACAUGCAAUUGCUGCUCCAUUUGAACAAGCUUUUACAAGAUAUGAUGAAUUAGUUCAAACUUAUGCUAAUAGUAAUACUUAUGCAGAAGAAAUUCAACAAGAAUUACAAAAUGAAAAAGUAUUAGUAAUUAAAUAUCGUGGAUUAGAUGAAUGUAUAUACAUUAAACCAUCAUUUGAUAGAGUUACUGUUAUAUUUAGUACUGUUUUUCAAGAUGAAACUGAUAAAAUUUUUGGUAAAGUAUUCUUACAAGAAUUUGUUGAUGCUAGAAAGAGAUCAGUUCAAACGGCUCCUCAAGUAUUAUAUUCUCAUAAGGAAGCUCCUUUAGAUAUUACUAAUUAUGUUCAAGGUAAAAAGGAUGACGAAAAUAAGGGUUAUAUAACUUUUGUAUUAUUCCCAAGACAUCUUGUUAAAGGUGAUAGAAGAGAUAAUUGUAUUUCUCAUAUACAAUAUUUUAGAAAUUACUUUCAUUAUCAUAUUAAAUGUUCAAAAGCUUACAUGCAUUCACGUAUGAGAUUUAGAGUUAAAGAAUUCUUAAAGAUUUUAAAUAGAGCUAAACCAGAAAAUGUUGAUGAUGAAGGUAAAGCUAUUGAAAAUAGGAAGACUGCUAGUGGUAGAAGAUUUGAAGUGGGCAGGGUUUAGGUAGAGACUUUGUAUAAAUAUGAAAAAUUAAAUUAAAUGAAAUU